CAGCGCAUCAGUGACUCAGUCAGAUGCUGAAAGUUUAGGUGGAAGGAUUUCAAAUUUAAAUAAGUUUCAGAUGCUGUUUUAUUCCGUCUAACCAGCGGCUGAUAACAGUGGGUUUUCCCCAUGGCUCUUAAACACCUGUUCUUAUUGUUGCUGUGGAACCUCACUUUGAUUCCCCAUGUUGUCACGUCUUUGUGCAAUGUCAGCUGCACGACAGAUUUUAAGGCCUCACUGAACUGUUCCUGCCUGGGCUCUGUGCCGCCAUUCACUGUCCUACUCAAUGUCACGUGCAGUUGCUACGACGAUGUGUUUCAUGGCAGCUGUGAAGUCAAACCCCCUCAGUCCUGGUGCGUAAUUCAAUCAAAGGACAUUGAUGAUGUUGCAUACGUUGAAACCAACUGUACCACGACAGUCAGUCAACAGGGUGAUGAUCGACUUUUAGUGAAUGCCAGUGAGCCGUGGAAGCUGGCUGAUGUGGUGAAACCUCCGCCUCCUGUCGGUGUCCAGGUGACAAACACUGACGGAUUCUACAACAUCACCUGGCACCACGUCAACAAAAAAGACUGUCUCACAUACAGUGUGCGCAUAAGAGAGAGCAAGAACUUGUCAAAGGAUCCAGUUUACUCCCUUUCAGCGGGACCACAAAGGUUCUUCCUGUUAGACAGUGAGAGGCUCCAAUCACAUGUGCGCUAUGCUGUGGACAUUCAGGCCAAAAUGUGUCCUGAUAAUUACUAUCUUGGUCCUUGGAGCGAGUGGAGUUCCAGUGCAGAAUGGAGAACUACAGGAACUUCAGAGAUUAAAGGAAUGAAUGAACAGUUGUGGUACAUCUCCCUGCCUAUCAUUUUUGUCCUUCUUGUGUUGCUGGGUUGUUCCAAAAAAUCGUGGUUGCAGAAAAAACUCCAGCAGAUUGUAUUCAUCCCCAAAGCAGAUGAGUUUUUCAAGCCACUCGACCUCAGCUAUGGAGGGAACUUCAAGGAGUGGGUGAAGCCUGUCUUCAGCGAGAGUGAAUACGUGAGGAUCAACUCUCAUGCUCAGAUGAUUAGUGAGAAGCAGCCCAAAGUCCUUCAGUGGAACAACGAGAAGCAAAGUAACAGGGAGGGCAACGGGGUGAAAGGAGGUGUUGAUCUCUUUCAAAUGCUGCAGCCAAACAGCGACUCGCUGCUGUUCUUCCAGGACGGAGGCAGUUCACAGGGCGCCGGUCACUCCACAGGACACGUCUCCAUCCAUACUGUAACGCUGUCUGGAGAGGAAGAGUUUGAGCAGGAAGGGGUGUCACAGAGCUCAGUCAAUACCUUCAGAAGUUACCAAGAUGGAGAACAUAUCGGUUCAUUUGAGGGGGACAACAGAGUACAAGCUCGAUAUGAUUUAGAAGAACUUCAUAGGCAAAGUGGGUUAUUACCACAACAUCGAAUAUCUAAUGACUUAUUAGAGGAAAAUAGAAACUUUCAGCCGCCUGCUCAGAUUAUUGAACCAGAGAGGGUAUCACUGGUCUCGUUCGCCUCAAACGAGCAGUCAGAAGAUGGCUACCCUCGCAUAGACCUGGACACUAUUGACAGUGGAUUUGGAGAGUGCAGCAGCCCUGGAGCCUCAGACUCAAACAUGGGAGAGCAGAUGGACUCUGAAUUGUUUCAUGAUCACAACAGCUCCAAUUCUAACUAUGUCAAACAGUGGAUGAUAUGUGGCUCUAUACAAGAAGGCUCCAGCAACUCAGAGAACGAACUUCACGAAACACAGUGAUUGUUCCGAUGAUUUACUGCCAUCAUCACUGUGGGACACGUAUUCAACCCUUAAAUGUUUUCUGUAUGUCUUUAUGUCUUGUGUCUUUAUUAGGAUCCCCAUUAGCACUAGCAUGAGCAUCGGCUAUUCUUCCUGGGGUCCUCACACACACAAAACAUACAUAAACAUACAUACAACAAAAUUAAAACAAAAACAAAACAGCUCAUCAUUUCAUGGAAUUAUACAGUGCUGUGUUAAAUGAAAACUAAAAUGGUCAUCCAAUUAUCGCCAUCCUAAGGCCAAACAAAAGUAAAUACAAAUAA